AUGGAGAUCGAUGAUCUUCCCGCUGGCGUCACCAAGCAAACCACCCGGCAUCCGCCCAGCCGGAAGUUUUUGCCGCCCUAUGAGGGAGAUAAGGUUGAAGUGCGCUUCACUUUCUCCUUCGCGGGUCGUCAGCUGCACUCCACAGGAGCUGAAACAACGAAGUUCAAAGUAGGCGAAGCUUCAGUCCAUGCUGUGGAUAUGGCUGUGCAGCAUAUGUACAAAGGUGAGCAUGCUGAUUUUACACUGCCCACGUCGAUGCUGGAUGCAGAAGACACUUGCAUUGAGGGGCCGGUCAGCACAGCCAAGCUUGAGGUGGAGUUGGUCGCUUGUCCCUUGAGAGAAGACCUCUUCGAAGAUGGAGCUGCAGUGAAGACCAUCCUCAAGACUUCAGAGGGGCGAUGCCCACGGACAGGAGAUGAGUGCCAGGUGACUUAUCGGAUCUCCGGUGAAGGUGUGGCGCCCAUGACGGGUGACUCAGCCGUCUACAAGAUUGGCGCCCAACCGAUGGGGCAGCUGGCCAAAGUUCUGGACAAGGCCUUGCUCUCUAUGAAAUUGAAGGAGGAAGUGCACGUGACUUGCCGUGGGGACUAUGUCAGAGAUUCGAAGGCGAAAGAUAUCCAGAUCUCGCUGGUCCUGGAGGAGAUCUACCAGGUACACGACGUGAGUUUGGGUAAGUUGGAUGGCACCGUCCUUCGGAAGAGGCUGAAGGAGCUCAACGGUGAAGAUCGUGUGCAUGACACGGGCCGAGUACGCCUGCGGGUGCUCACCGUGACAUCCAAUGGGGAGAAGGUGGCUGGACCGGUCGAGCUGAGUUUUCGUGCUGGCGAUGGCGAGGUUUGUGAUGCUUUGGAGGGAGCAGUUCUGGGAAUGAAGGAAGGUGAAGAAGCAAUGCUACGAGUCUUGGACCCUGCAGCUUGCGAGGGGCUUGUGGCAGAAAUCCUGGAAGCGCCUAUCAUGCUUCACCUACUGAUCUUGUCCGUGCAGAAAGUCCCGCAGAAGUGGGACAUGACCUUCGAGGAGCGCCUGGACCGCGCCGUCGCACGCAAGUCUGAUGCUUCACGGCUCUUCCAAGAGAAGCGGAUGCGCCUGGCAGCGAAGCACUACGAGGAAAUGGCCUCCUUCUUUGUGAGACCUGAGGACUUCAAGGAGCAGCAGGGGGAAGCCACGGAGCUUCGAAGGGUGGCCCAUCUGAACCGAGCGGCCUGCAUGCUGCAGCUGCAGGAGAUGCAGAAAGCCAAGGACUUAUGCGACAUGGUCCUGAAAGAGGAACCAGAGCAACCAAAGGCUCUUUUCCGACGUGCCAAAGCCCUUACAGCUUUGAAGGAGCACCAGGCCGCCUUAGAGGACGUCAAGAGGCUGAGGGAUUUGGAGCCGAAGAACCUGGCGGCACAGAAGCUACUGAGGGAGGUGAAGGAGGAGCUAAGGCGACAAGACCGAGAUUCCUCAGAGACCUUCUCCAAGAUGUGUACAGGUUUAGGAGAGCUGCCAGAGAGGGAAAGAAGAGAAGACCAACUGGUGGUAGCUCCUGAUUUGGAUGAAGAGUAUGCGAAGCUUGCUCGUGAGACGGGGGAGAUCGAUUCCUGUUUUGGCACUCGUUCCAUCCUCGUUCCAAAUCUGUGCGUCCUCGCGGCGCUCGCCUCGCGGCCAGACCACUGGUACACUUUGGGCCUUUCGAUCGCCUGUACCAUCCCUAUCCUCUUUGAGUUGAUUUUGCGCCUCACCUUCCGACGGCCUGUGCACGAGCAGACCGCCUUCAAGCUGUUGGCCUGGCUGUUGAUGCCCGCGGUCGCUUUGGCCAAGAGCUCCGUGCUGCUCUACACCAUCGCCAGUGUGUGGUGCUUGGGGCGACUGCGAAUGUGGAGGUUUGUUUUGGUUGGCCUUGGCGCGCUCAUGGUCUUCAUCCUUGAGGGCAUUGUCGCAGCUUCUUGGAUCAUUUAUGUGCCCAUUUGCCUGUUCGCCGGCUUCCUCUUCUCGGCGCCCAGCCUGGCGUAUCAACGCCGCGGCUUCAACGCGGUGUGUUGUUUGGUUGUGUCCCUUUUCUUUGCCAACUGCUUCCUCUUCAUGAGUGGCGUGAGCUUUACUGCUGAAGAGGAGAAGGGUGUCACCAUCGCAUCACGGUGGCUCUUUCUCUUGGCCUUGAUGUUCCUUUUCUACACAGAGGUGGCCCGGCAGCAGAAUCUGCAGGCUCACGAGGCAGAUGGCACAUCCACGGGUGAGACAGAGGGAGAGAGGAAGGACAGAGACAAAGUCCUGCCUAGGAGAAAGCCUCAGGAGCCAGAUCAUCCACCGCCGGGACAUCAAGACGACGAGGACUGGUCAGCGUACCGAGCUUUCCCAAAGUCCAAGGGGUACAGGUACUGGCCAGUGCGGAAUCGAGGCAACCAGCCGACUGAGUCCAAGGGCAAGACAAAGCGUGAGAAGAACCUCAAUUACCGGCUGUGGAACGAGUACGAUCGAGAGCACGGGAGGAGGAGGCCUGCAUCAAGAGAGGAGGAGAUUCCAGAGGCAGAAGAAGGAGGGAUGUGGAGGCCCAUCCCGGAACUCACCAUGGAGGAGAUCGGAAGCUUGGACAAAGUGGUGGGGGGCAAAAGUGAAGCAGAGAAGGUGUCAAAGUACAUUGACAAAGAGGCUGCAGGGAGCUCCGCCCAGGAGGCAGACGACAAGGGGGUUCCGGUGUCUCAUACAGCGGUGGGAGAAAAGCAAGCCGACUUGAACUCUCCCGAAGCAAGACGUGAGUCAGAGGACGUGGGUCUCACCGUGCGCAGCUCUGAUAAGCCGGUCUUAAAGAACAUCUCUCUGGAGAUUUCGGCAGACAGCAGUUGCGCGUUGAUGGGUCCAUCGGGCAGCGGCAAGAGCAGCUUGCUGAAUGUGCUCACUGGCCGUGCUUUGCAUUAUGGAGAUGUGUGUGGGCAGAUGUUUGCGAACAAUGAAUCCAUCCCGGAGGGCAUUGAAUCCAACCUGAAGACAAAGAAUGCUUCUGGAUUCGUGCCCCAGGACGAUGUGAUGCAUACAGAACUGACUGUCUAUGAGAACGUUUACUUCUCCGCUCGCUUGCGUCUAGCGCCUAACACGGGCCUUCUGGAGACAGCCACGCGAGUGGAGACUGUUUUGAAAGAUGUUGGCAUUUGGCAUGUGAAGGACAGUGUGGUAGGCAAUGCGGAAGUCCGCGGCAUCAGUGGUGGGCAGCGGAAGCGCACGUCCAUCGCCAUGGAGUUAGUGGGUGAACCAUCAGUGCUCUUCUUGGAUGAGCCGACCAGCGGGCUAGACGCUGCUGCAGCACACUCGAUCGUGAAGCUGCUGUGUAAGUCACAGCUGCACUGCACCACAGUGGCAGUGAUUCAUCAGCCUCGUUGGCAAACGUUGGAGUGCUUCGAUCAGGUGGUGCUUUUGGCCACCGGCGGCUUUCUGGUCUAUUCGGGUCCCGUCCGCGAGAGUGUGAAGUACUUCUCCGAGGCCGGACGUAGCUUGGUGCACACUCUCCAGUCCCACCAGGAUCUCUUCCUGGACUUCAUCGACAGCUCCACGGCAGAGGGUCCUGCGACCACGGCUGAGGAGCUGGCGGCCCAAUGGGUGGCGAACAAGGAUUCCAUUUCGGAUUCCUUUCACUCCGUGGGUGAGAGGGAGGCACCGCCUUUGGCAUCUUACGAGAAGUUCCGGCCCGGCGUCUCAGAGACGUUCUGGACCUUGUACUUGCGAUGUUGCUUGCAAGUGGUCCGCUUGUGGAAGCACCGUGUGACCAAUCUGGGCUUGGUAGCACUCUUCUUGGCCGUUGUAAGGCUUUUGCUGGGUGAUGAAGGCGACUUCGAACAAACUCUGGUGAAGCUGGGCAUCGCACAGUCCAUGCUCAUGCUGCCCGUUUGCAUCCACAGCAUGUAUGUCUUCAGUAGUGAUCGUCUAGAAAGACAGCGUGAGGACACCGCCGGCAUACCGACCUUGUCGCAGUACAUGGCCAAGGACUUCUGCCACUUUAUCGAAGUUCUUCUCUUUGCCGUGCUUUGGACAGGUAUUUAUGGCCCGUUCUCCCACGUGGCGGCUACGCCCUGGGUGUUGCUGCGUUUGGCGGUGGCUCAAUGCUACCUAGCCUUUGGUAUAUCCUUCUUCUUGUCCGUGAAUCUGCCGAGCCAGAGCACUGCCACCGUCACAAUCAUGCUUCUGCUAGUGGUGGCACAGCUGUGUUCUGGCGUGGCAGCUGGGCGGAUUGGCAAGGACUUAAUCGCUUUUGGAGAUGUUCAUGCAGCCUUACGCGGGGUAGGUUGGGUGAUUUUCAUGUUGUCACCAUCGUUCUACACUGUGGAGCGAAUCUUGCCCAUCCUCCUCAAUGACGGUUGCACGGAGAUGCUCGACUAG